AAAUACUAGAUGUUCGCCUGUUAGCUACCAAAAACUAAACUUUGCUAAUAAGUUUCUACACAGUAUUAUUAGUAGUGAGGAAGCAAAUUAAUGUCAGGAGCACAAGGAGCACAGCCGCCGUCGUCGUUUACGGCGACGACGUACGAGUCGGUGCCGGAACAAAUGCAAGAGAACAGGCCAAGGACGGACUUAAGGUCUAAGGAGGAUGACAAAGGUAUUAAGAUUGACAAAAUUCAAGACAAGGUUCAAGAUGCUGCGGGACUAGGUGGUCCGGUUUUUGGUCCUGGCAAAGACCAGCCUCCUAAUAAACAGGAUUUGGGUGUUACUGGGACUGGCUAAAUUAAGUUUUCGUGUAUACCAAACAACCACUUAUUAGGUCCGAUUGAUUGUAAAAGGAUCUGAUAUGAUUUGGUUUUUUUUUUUUGUUGAUCUUAUAAUGAAUGCAAAAUAAAUUAUCUUUUUUAUGGUUUGUAAUAAGUUUAUUUAUGAAGUAGUUGGAUAUGAACAUGAUUUGUUGUCCUUGCAGUGUGUAAUAGUAGACCUAUGGGAGUUGUAACUUUGUGAUUAAGGGAGUGAUUAUCAAUAAAGAUAUGGGCCCAUUUCUUUUU